GCCGUCAGUCGGUUUUAGCUUCGAUCGAACGCGCGCCUGUUUUAAAAAUAAUACGAAGUUUUUACGUUAAAAAACCUGAUUAAAAACUUAUUGGAUUAGAUUUUACUUUUGGAUAUAAUUUAAUGAAUGAUAUUUUUUGGUGAUUUGUUUGAAAAACUGUGGAUUUCAAUAGAAGAGUGACUACCACGCGUGUGUAAGCUAAGCAGUGUAUGAAUGUGAAAGUUACAAUAAGAAAACAGUGUUCUUUUACGAGAUUUAUCCUACUUUUUUGUGAUAAACAGCUGUUUGGGUUACAAUUUGAGAUUUUGAUUUUAGAAGAUCCCAAGCAAAUGUAACGUACUUCGAACUGAGUGAUGUGACAGUAGUGGAGUGAAGUGAUGAGCGAGUGGACCAGAGUGAAGUGAGUCAACAACAUGGCCGCCGACGAGACAAGAUGGCGGGUGCGGGUCGGCGCGGUGCUGGUCGCGAUGCUUGUGCAGGUUGUUCACGGUUACGAAGAAUCCUACACAAUAUCGCAGUUGUCCCCAAAAUCUGCCUCGAUAGAUCUACCACGAGGAGUCUUACUUCAAACCAGCCAAGAAUACUUAGAAUUCAGAAUAGAACCCAGCGCCAGAUUCGACGAACACAUCGACGAUGUAGACGUAGCUCCUGAAACGAUAAUCGGUGAUGAAGAAGAAGAAGAUUACAAUAGAAUUGCUAGAUCUGUCUCUAUAGACGAUGUUGUUGAACCCAAAGAUCAUGUAGCAUCGACUUAUAAAGCGUUUGAUGUUAAAGAUGCCUUAGAAGAUAUAAACAUACCUGAAAAGCCAGGUCACGUUAUAGUACCCAGGUCAGCAGAUAGGGAAUCAAGGUCUAUUAACAUAGAUGAGGUCCCGCACAACAAUGAGAUUGAUAAUGAACUGGAAAUGCAUAACAAGAGAAAGUAUUACGAGAUACAUCCGACGAAGACGAUAGAUUAUCUCAGGAGUGACGAUGAAAUCCUCAGGUCUGAGGGGUUUGGAGACCGCUUGGAAUUUAGGUUUCCGGGGGAAGGGGUGAGGGUCCCGAAGGCGCGUGCACUACCGCCUGCGGGGCCCAAAAUACGGCCUACUGCAGUGCAGCCGAUAUUUGCGACUAUAGCCCCUAGGGACCAGGGUCGACAAAACACAGAAAUCCAAAACAUUAUCACUGGAAUUGUCAAGUUAUUAAACGGCAACGUCAACGUACAAGCGAACUCUCAGCUUCUGAACGGCAGGCCGGGUCGCCCUAUGGCUUCCAGGAUCAACAACCGAGGUCCACCUAGAAUAGCUGAUGUUCCACCCAUUCCGGAGUUCGAUAAACCCAUCACUCCACCUUCCCAUGUCUACGUCCCGACGAAAACUCCUCCGCCCUAUCCGUUUGAUAGGCCACCUCUUCAUGGUGUCAAUUUGCCUGAACAAAUUGUCCCACCAAUGUCUUACAGGCCAGGGUUGCAUCGGCCGGUACCACCUUGGCAGAGGCCUAGGCCCAGGCCUCCAAAUCGUAGGCCAAACCCUGGCCUUCCUAUGUACAAACCCAUGCCUCCACUACCUCAAGGUCUUCCUGACUUAGACGACUCUAAACCUGAUGAAGAACUGACUAUCAGCGAGAAUGAAACCCAUUCAGAAAACAAUAUUCAUCAUGAAGAAAACGCUGCGUCUUCUGCCCCAGUAACUCUGCCUGAAAUUUAUCCUACUGAUGAAGAAGAAGAAAAACCUACUACAGUUGACACUACUUCUUCAACCACCCCCACUACAACUACUACUACGACAACAACUGAGAAGCCGACCACAACAGAAAAAACGACAACGACAGAGAAGCCGACAACAACAGAAAAACCAACAACAACACAGAAACCUACUACGACAACAGAAAAGAUAAAGACUGAUAAACCGUCAAAACCGGAGAAGAAAAAGGACUCUGUAGAAAAAGAUAAGCCAAGCAAAGAGAAGUUUAAACCAGUAGAAGAUAAGCAACAGAUUAGAAAUACGACUAAGAAUGAGACAGUUGCAGAUAUAGAAUCAUCGAUUUCUGAGGUUAAAACAUCUCCUACGAUAUCAAUCGCUGCUCCUACUCCUACUGAGGGUUUGAUAUCACAUGUUCCGACGAUGAGUGUGACGCCUAAUGCCAACGACGUUAUUAAGACGUCUUCUAUAAACACACAACCUUUGCCAACAUCACAAGGCAUCCCCUACCAUCCUUACCGGCCUCGUCCAGGUAUAGUCCUGGACGACCCUGAUUUCAAGCCCCACGGGUCUCGUCACCCGCCGACAGAAGCUGCCGUCAUCACGGCCGCGGAGACACAUCUGCCUGGGUAUGGGGAGAUCUUCGAUGUCACAGUGUCGGCGAUACAGGGGCCUGGUGGGAAGAAGGGGGCUUCGGUGCAUAUAGAAAACGUGAGUCCACUAUCCGGGCAGUCAGAGCACGACGACAUCAUAGUCUCAGCCCAGGGAUCAGGCGAGCAGGGGUUCGUGUCCAUAGACGGCAAGAGGACCUACCUCAACCUGUUCGACACGUCCACGGUGGGGGUCAGCGUAAGGCCCACCAGAGUUCAGAGCAUGCCGCAUUCUGUGCCACCUCUAGCUCCACCUCCCCUGGGACCAGCCCUGGGCACGGGCGUGGCUGUCCCGGCGGAUGAUAUUCCGUUGCCGCCGUCCCCGGGUAGACGACCAGCCGCUCCCCGGCCGCAGCCAGGGUAUAGACGACCGCAACCUACUGUCAGAAUCGACACGUGUAUUGUCGGCGACGACUCCACAUGCGAUCAAGCCCAGAAUGAGAAAUGCCGAACUGAAGCGGGUAUAUCAAGUUGUCAAUGCAGGCCAGGGUACGCGCGGCGCACCCACAGAGACCCGUGCCGCCGGGUCGUGUCUCUCGUCCUCAACUUGAGGGUUGAUAAGCUGUAUGACCGGAAGGUCGCUUGGGACAACAAACUUCUGGACAAGGAUUCAGACCCCUACCAGCAGCUAAGCUACGAAGCCAUACGAGCUAUCGACUCAGCGUUUUCAAUGACUCCAUUCUCUGAUGACUUCGUGAGCGGUACAGUCAACGCCGUGCACCGCGGGGACCAGCACAACCCAGGGGUUUUCGUCAACUAUACCAUCCUGAUGCAAGAAACCCCAGAAACAAUUCGGUCGUCAAUAACAACAGAGAUCCAGAAACACCUGCUGGGUGUGAUCAGACGACGUUCCAACAACGUCGGUGCGUCUGCGCUGUGGGUCGACACGCCACAUGGCAGCGUGCUGCCUCUUAACGAUUUGGACGAGUGUGCAUCUACAGAGUUCAAUGACUGUCAUCCGUUGGCGACGUGUACUAAUACAUUUGGAGGUUUUAGAUGCGCCUGCCCAGACACAACGCUAGACACGUCACAGGGUUCCAUCACACAAGCAGGCAGGCAGUGCAAAGCGUGCGCCGCCUCCCACUGCAACGAACGCGGCGUCUGUCGCUACCAGAACAUGCAGCCGCACUGCAGUUGCAAUUCGGGCUACUACGGGUCCACGUGCGAGGUUGACGGCGAAGUGGUAGGCGUAGCAGUAGGAGCGUCUCUAGCUGCCGCGCUCGUCAUCGCGCUCACACUAGCUGCUCUACUGUCUUGGAGUCGUAAAUGGUCUCGAGAGCAGAAGGCGGCGGGCAUGGGGUCCCCAGUGUUCAACUACAUGGCAGCUAGCACCAUCAAAACGCCGCCGGUAGGGGGGCCACCUUAUCAGGUGACGUUGGAAGAAAGAAUGCGCUGGGCACAAAUUGCUGAAGCCAUGGCACAGGCUAAUCAUUAUGCGCAACCAGAGCCGGUGCAGACGAUGCCUACUAGACCUUCGUCCGCUAUGUUCGGCGCAUACCCCACCUUACCACCCGUUCCUCUACCCAGGAUGGGUCUUCACGGGCCUCAUCACACGGGUACCCUGAACACUGUGGCGUCUAGAGCCAACACAGCUGCCUCGCAUCAUAACUUAUAUGGUUACACAAACCACAUGGCGACAGACUCCACCAGUUCAGAAGCGUCCAGCCACGUGCAAGAGCGAGCUGACCUGCUCGUGCCAAGGCCCAAGUCUCGGGCUAGAAGUAUGCAUAACCAAACCGGAAUCUACUACGAUGUAGAGUAUGAGAACGCACCGGAAGCUAUCUACGGCACCAAGGGAAUUCCCCUGUCAACCUACACAGUCAGCAGGGGUCCCCCCUUCUAUAGGACAUAGUAUUUCUAAGUAUCGUUGGCCUAUCUUAUGGAAUUUGAGUAAAUGUAAAAGAGUUUUUCCGUCUAAUCUGGAAGAGUUAGAUAACGAACAUCAAACGGUAACUCUACGCCCCGCACCAAUUCGUAUCGGGUGCCGACCUCACCCCCUCUGGGUCUUACUUUAGUCUAAAUAGCAGUGAGCCACGAAGGAGUGAGGGAGCAAGCGUGGAUAGAUUGUCUCGCUCGCACUUACCCAGUGGCAUACGGUAACGAUGAGUAAUUUAUGUAUUGGGCUGGUGUUCCCUUUGCGGGUUUUAAGGUCAAACAGACAGUCGCUUCCUGCGGUGGACCCUGUGAAAAAUGGGAUAACGCUAGGGAGAUUAUGAGCAGUAUGGCCGCCGAUUUUACUUCUGUUGUCAUUUUGUAAUUGUCCUUUAUGUUGUGUUUAUCUGGAAUGGAAAAUGCUACACCGACAAGAGCGUGGCUCUUAAAUUGAUGAUGAUCAGGAACAAAUCGAUUUAUAUCGUAUUUUAAUAUUGGUAUAGUUUUGUAAUUAACAAGACUUUGACUCUUUUACAUUUAUUUAAAAUUAGAUUAGAUUAGAAUUCCUGUUAUUUUUAUCAACGUGGUGAAGAAGUGCUUAUGACAUAAUAAUGGAGAAAAAAUGUUAAAAAGGAACCGAACAAAUUAAAUGAUAUUGAAUACAAUUGUCGAAAUUAUUACAUUGAUAUUUUUGUAAAAUGUAUUAAAUAAAUAAAAAUAAUAAUCUUAAAAACAUACCGUGAAACAACGAUAAAGUAAUUAAUAACGAAUAAAUAAAAAAUAAGUUUAAUUGUAUAAAAAUGUAUAUAAGACUGCUUUCAACGAUUUUUAUUAAUAAUUAUGUGAUCAAUUUAUUAGAUAAUUAAGCAUAUUUAUGAUUUUAGUAUUAGUUUUAAAUCCUAUAAUUGAUAUGAAAAAAAU